AGGGAGAAAAACUUAAAUUUGUGUAUCUUACUUGAAACAAGCUUCAAGUAGUGACUAUGAAUACGCGCCUAAAGUCCGUAUUGAUAGUCAUUAUUUGAAACUUGUCCCACGUGAGAUACUCAGAUGUGAAUUUAGAGUUAUACUUGAAUUUUUUUUGAAUUACACAUACAAUGCAACAUUACAUUUCCAAUCGCGAUUCCGCCGAAAUAUUCACAUUUAACUCUAAAUUCAAAUUUGAGUAUCUCACCUGAAGCAAGCUUCAAGCAAUGACUAUUAAGUUGAAACUUGGAUCCUUCUUUUGAUCUAGAUAUUCUAUUAAACAAAUUAGAAUAAGAAAGAUUGUGAUAAGAAAGGUUGUGAUCAGAAUAAGAAAGGAACUCGUUUCAAGGGAGAAAAACUUAAAUUUGAGUAUCUUACUUGAAACAAGCUUCAAGUAGUGACUAUGAAUACGCGUCUAAAGCCUGUAUUAAUAGUCAUUACUUGAAACUUGUCCCACGUGAGAUUCUCAGAUGUGAAUUUAGAGUUAUACUUGAAUUUUCUUUUAAUUACACAUACAAUGCAACAUUACAUUUCCAAUCGCGAUUCAGCCGAAAUAUUCACAUUUAACUCUAUAUUCAAAUUUGAGUAUUUCACCUGAAGCAAGCUUCAAGCAAUGACUAUUAAUACAGGCCUUAGAGUCGCUAAAUACGACUUCUGUUCCUAUAUGUCCACUGAUCUUUUAGAAUAUACAGAUGUUAGAAGGUUCGUGUCAAGAUUGGAGCUAAAAUUUUGGCUAAUAUGAGUGUCGUUCGUUAUAUUCUCCACUGCAACAUAAGAUACUUGCGAUAUUCUUGAUUAUGAUUCGUAAAAUGUUUAAUCCCAUGAUUUAUAUUUGCGCCUCAAGUUAUACAUUACUUUGACGUGCAUGUAAAAUGUAUAUAGACUAUCGCGCAGCCAUAAUAUGCAGUACUCGAGUACUCGAGUACUUCUUCGCAAUCCCUCUCUCUCUUCUCACUUCCUUCUCCGUGAUCCCCCGAGAGACUCUGAACAACGACAAGUACAGCUCGUCACGCUCUCCACCGGUUUUAAUUCAUCGGCCAACGAUGAGCACCUUGCUCGUAUUCUGCCCGAUGCGACAUCGUCAUCCUUAUUCGAUAUUAUGACGACGAGGAGCAUGCCGUCACGACGACGUCGUCAAAGCCGACACUGUUUCGUCGAGAAACGCCAGCGGCUGGGUGCGCCGCCAGAAAGCGCCGUCGGUAUUUGGCAAAGUAUGACGACAUCGCCGACGCUACCUCCGGUUAGUCUGCGGGCCCAGGUAUCCUAGACCGUAGUCUAUACCUCCGCUUCUUCCUCGGUCUGGUCCGUCGUCGUCUCCGAAGCGUCUGUCCUCCUUCCUCUUGCUCUCCUUCGCUCUCGCUCCCUCGCUCGUUCGCGCUUCCGCACGAGGGAAGGAAGAGGCAAGACGGGGCCAAGACGCUUUUAGACACGGAGCGUCCACGAGCGUCGCGACGCCCUGAGAAGCAGUAGUCGCGUACUUUAGGCAGCUUCCACCUUGCCGGCUCGCGGGCAAGCGUAACGCGUGCGAUUCCGUGCGACGUCGUCCGGCCGUCGAGACGUCCACGUCGUCGUCGCCGUCGUCAUCGUCGUCGUCGUAGUCGUAGUGCCGUACGGUUUACUCACGCCGUAGUGAGCCCUGGUUAUCUGAAGAACACACGCUUCUGGGCGCCGCAAGAUAGUGCUUCUUCACCUGAGCAACUUUUCCGAAUCUUAUACUCGAGAAGACCUAAAUAGUGUCGACGAAUUCACUGAGCCGGCCAUUAUCGACCCUGAAACUUCCUUAUCCGGAGGAUACGUUGAAUAAUCAGAGCAAGAAACGUCCAUAAAACUCUUCUCCAAGCUGAUAUCUCGCUUGGUAUCCAAGAGAUUAACGAAAUCAUUUUUGUUCUAAAAAAAAUCGCAUGAUCUCGAGCAUCGAUCUCAGGAAUUCGUAUCUACCGAGUCUUUUGCUUCAGCGAGUGGCGUCACGGCCGAGUAUCGAAGUGCAGUGGUGCGUCGUCCUGUGCGGGACAUUCGUGUCGCCCGAUGUGUCCUCUCGAUCGAACGAUGACGGUUCGUCGCGAGUGACAAGCGAGAGAAUCGCAUACGACAGCGCACGCAUACACAUCCAUACACCAGCUGCCUGGCAUGGUACAGCGACUCUGCCACGAGAAGUUGGUGGAUGACUGACGAGAGUCGUCGGUUGUCGUCGCACGACCAGGAGGUAGAAUCCCGCGAAGGUGGUUCGCGUGGCGAAGAAGGAAAAGGACGCGACGAUGGCGGAGCGUCCCGGCGGCAGGAGACGCUCGCGUCGCGACAGCAUGGACACCGGCAACUCGAUACGCGGGACCCCGGCGACCUCCAAGGAACGCAGAACCAAACGCUCCAGCAAGCCGUCCAAGGAGCGAUGGCUGCUCACGAGGAAGACGUGGCGGUACAUGGCGGACGCCGGCAGACGUCUCAUUCCGGACGGCACGCACAAUCGCGCGGAGGACAUACCGAAGAUCGAGCAGUACUUCCAGGAGGUGUGCCAGAAAGAGCCGCGUUUCCUGCUCUGGAGGAAGGCCUCGUAUCCUGGUAGCUUGGGCUUCCGCGCUCAAAGACGUCGCCGAGCGAUCAAAGGUGGCAGCUGUCGGACCCAAGCCAGCUCAGCCGACGAAGCUGACGACGCCAGGAGCUCGCCUCAGAGCUUCGUCCUUCGCGAGACCGAGUCUGGCAAGUUUGAUCUAGCCAAGGCGAAGAGAGAAUGGCUGCUGACGUCAGGCGGCGGCGGCGGCGGCGAUGGCGGCAGCACGCCAUCGAGUCCGGUGACGCGUCGCAAGACGUCGCACGAGGACGCCGAGGCUAAAGAAUUGGCCGACAUGCUACAGAAGUACCUGAACAUGCAGGCUGACACGGGUCAUCCGGCAAGGACGCCCGUCAAAUCCUCAGAAAUGAUCGAGCUAACGGAAGGGAAAGAGCCUUUCGACUAUCGCAGCCUGAUAGAUAAGCUUCAGCAGCACCUGGACUUGAUCGUAGCGCAGACCAGGCGCGAAGAGUUAGUUUCCUCUCGCCAGAGCUCCUCCGUCGAAAAAAACGUCGCUCCGACGACGUCCGUGUCGCCUUACCAGGGCGACUACGUGCACAAGUCGCUGAUGGAGACGCUGGGUCGUUACUACAGCAAGUCUCCAUCUCGGGAACACAUGGUUUCCGACAUUCUGACCGACCGAAAGCUCUUGGAGAAGCUCUACUUUGAUCUGAGAUGUACCAGGGGCUUCAGGGGGCCUCGAGCGACCGGCGCGUAUACCUCGCCGUCCACCCGAUGGUGGUCUCAUCAGAGAAGCAAGCCACUCGCUAAAGAGUCCGAUAGUUGGAAAACGGAAAGAGCCGGAAAGAGAGAGCUGAUCUCGCCACCGCCUCUGAUCGCCGUCCAAGAACCCAGUACCGAUCCAGGUUCCUUUGAUAAUGGCGUGCAAACCGAUCCGGUGCCGCGAGCUGUUCUCGAUACAAUCUUACUCGAAAGGGAGAAAGAAGACUCGUCGAAGGAGUCGUGCACGCAAAAGUCGUCCAGCGGACGUAGGCGCAGCAGCGUCGACAACGACGACGUGUCGCCCUCCGUCAGCGACACCAUCAAGAGGUACCUGAGAAUGGCGCGGAAGAAGUCCAUGGACGCGGACAAGGUCGACCGGUUCAAGCGUGUCAAUUACGACCGGAACCUGCGCAAUAUCAAGGCCAAGGGCGAGAUCACCAAGCCCGGCGACAACGACGGCAAUAGCAAGGGCUGCCAGACGGAGGAGAACUGGGCUGUGAAUUAUCGGGAGAUGUCCUCCGCGGACGCGCCGCCGUCUGAGAAUUUGUCAGACGCCGACACGACCACGUCGCCCGCGAGCAGAAACGCCAGCUCCCGCAGCAGCAUCGACGCUGGCCUCGGCUCCGAGGAGCCGUCCACCCCGAAACAACCCCAUCACCAUCAGUCCUUCCUAUCCCACCUACUGCACGGUUCCAACGCGCAUAAGGAUAAGCCGCACUCCGCGCCCGGUUCGCCGGCACUCACGUCUGCGUCCGCCAAUUCCGCAGGUGGCACCGCGAUGCAGAAGAGCAAGUCCUCGAGCAGCGUGGUCCAUCACGGCAGCCGGCUGGUGGCGAAGAAGAUCUGGCGCUCCAGGAGCAAGAGCACGUCCAGGGCAACGCAUCAGCCGUCCGUAUGGACGCCUCAGGGAAAAUGCACUUGGGCAGGCACGGCGAGUCGGCGUGUGACCCUGCAGGACACACAGUUGAGAACGCUGUCCGAGAUCGAGAGGAAGGUCCUCUGUAAGGUGGCCGUGGCGAAGCUUCAAGCUCUCAAUCUGGGCGUGCACAUCAGGCCGCCGAGCGAAUCGGUCGGCAGCGGGUCGGCGACCACGAAGCCGAAGAGACGGGCGUACCUGCUGAAGAGGAAGGCUCUCACAACCGGCUUCUUCGACAAUAAAGGGAAGGACGAGAAGGAGAAGGACGUAGCCGGUGGCCUGGUGUUCGGCAUACCGUUGACGCAGUGCAUAGAAAACGACAGGAUCGCUCGAAUCGCCGCUGGAGAGGUGACCGAUGUCGGUUCUCUGACUAGGAGCAGCCGGCACGGCAGCAGGACCAGUUUCUCUAGCCUCAUAGAAACGCCGUUGACGAUCGCGGCGAAAACCGAAGAGGGAGGUUCCUGCGAGUCCUUGUCGUCGAAGGGUGGUGCUCUCACUGGAAGCGAUUCCGGGGUGCUCGAGUUAAGCGACAGCGGCGGAGGUGGCUCUACCAGCGAAUGGGACGCCGUACCUGGCAUCGUGAGGCAAUGCAUCAGGCACUUGGAAGCCACCGGUCUUCGGACAUUGGGCGUGUUCCGCGUGUCACCCUCGAAAAAGAGGGUGAGGCAGUUAAGGGAAGACUUUGAUUGCGGUCGGGAAACUAAAAUAGGUCCCGACCAGUGUCCUCAUGACGUAGCCACCCUCCUGAAGGAAUACUUCCGUGAUCUACCGGAUCCUCUGCUUUGCAGGGAUCUGUAUCAAGCCUUCGUGCACACUCAAAAGAUCAGGAACAGACGGCUGCAGCAGGAAGCUCUUCAGCAUCUCAUCCAACUUUUGCCCACGCCCAAUCGUGAGACUCUCUGGGCGCUAUUGAACUUCUUGAGCUUGGUCGCGACGAACAGCGAGGACCAAAAGGACCAGACCGGGGAGUGGGUUCCGGGAAAUAAAAUGGACUCGACAAAUCUAGCGACCGUAUUCGCACCGAAUAUCCUGCACUGCGUGAAGCCUGGCCAGGUGCGGUCGGAAGUUUCGGCGGAACGGGCCGAGGAGAGGAUAGAUGUGAUAAACGUGGUGCGAGCGCUGCUCGAGCACACGUCGACGUUGUUCACGGUGCCAGCAGCGCUGCUGGACGAGGUGUAUCUACACAUGAUGGACACCCAUCCGGCCGAGCUGGAUAUGGUUCUGUCUCGUCGUGUCGAAGAGCAAUGCGGGGAUGAAGCGGAUCCCUGCAGCGAGGCGGAGACCUUCUCGGUGGAGGAGACGCUGACUACGUCCACCACGACCACUACGGCAACGACGACGUCUACGAGAAAGAUGUGGACAAGAGAGCAGUGUCUCCACCAGACCGCCGGGGUUGGCGGUGAUAUCGGACCAAGGCCACGACGGCCCAAGAGACCAGGAAGUCGCAGGAAAGAAGAGGGUAGAAGCAAUAGUGUCGAUAGCGGAUCGAGCGAGGAUCCGGCCGAUCCUCGCAGAAGAUCUUCGCCCAUAGUGAUUACCGCCAGUCUCACCAUACCCAUGUCCGACGCGUUCACCUUGAACCUCGACGACCCGGACAUUCCUUACAUCGAAGAGGCGCCGAAGCAACCGAGCGCUCCCCCGAGGCGACAGAGGCAGAGGUCCAUUUCCGGUUGCAGCGAAGGCGGUAGGCACGGAAGUGACAGCGCCGUGGGCUCCUCGGCGACCCUGUCGGGCGACCAGGCGCCGAGUUCACCUCCUUCCUGGGCGUCGUCGCCCCCCGCGAGUCCCGACAGCGCGGUCACCGCCGUUUCGUAUAUCCCGCAGGAUCAGCAGGCGGUUCUCCAGAGAGUCUCGUUCACGACCUCGGGCGACCUGCGGCAAGUAAGCAGGUCGACCAGCCAUGAAGCAAGCAGGAGUACAGCGGCGCCCUACACACCGAGCAUCACCAGCAUCGGCGGUGCGGUUUUGAGGUCCAAGACCGAGGAUAUCGAGAGAAUGCUGCAGAUCGCGCGGCCGGAUAUCGACCCUGUGGCCUUGCAGACGGGCAAGAACUCGUCGGUGACCUCCAGCGAGAGCAAAAAGUACACGAAGAGGCGGUACACGGACUCGAGGCAUCAGACACGUCACAUACCGGAUGCCAACACUCUCGCCGGCAAGACAUCGUUGAGCGCGACAUCCGCGUCGUCGAUGACGAUGUCGUCCUCUUCCUCCUCGACGAUUACGGCCACGCAGCACCAGCGGGUGCCGGCGCAGUCGGUGUGGAAGAGACGGGAAUUGAUCUCCAGUGCUCCGAAGGACAGGGAGGGGUACUUCUGAGCUUUCAUUCGCAACGACGAUCGAAUCGAGAGUCGAAAUCGGUGGUCGCUGAGUUCGGGUGGACUUUUGAACGUUCGGAGGUCUGACGAGACCGCUGUUAAAAGUAUGAUUCUCUUUGAUAGCGACAAAACCGUUCGAUUGUAAGAUAUAUAUACAUAUAUACAUGACAGUCCGGCUUUCCGAAUCGGCCGAUAUGCGUCGACCUGGAAAUCGAUGCGACUCAAGGACAUCCGGGAAAGCUGGAAAAGGAAACGUGGGCGAAUUUCCUCUUCGUUCGUCGCUUCGCGGUCAAGACGUCAGUUGGAAUUGUCGUAAUAGGGGUGCUUUUCCAAAACGCGAUCUCGUAUCACUCAGAAGGGGAAGCUCUAGAAGGUCUCCCCUUUAUCUAUUGAACUCUCUGCGAAAAUCUGGGUAAAACCGUGCAGGAUUUAUCGGCGAAAUAUUAAGUGGCGUGUAUUCUCCAUAAAUACUCGGCAUCCCGAAGCAAGGGGCAGCAUACUUUAUAUGUCUGUAUACUCUCGCAGAGACGGCGAUGUCGCCCUAGGCACAAACAGAAAAGUCUAAGAACGCGGACGAUACGCCCGCUGCGAGCACAGGCGGAGAGCUCAUCGCGAAUGUAUACCGGUGGUGUGUUUACAAACGUUCGCGUAUACAUAUUAAACAUGCGAAGCGUAAACUGUCCUCUGAGCUUAGCUUAUUGCUCGCUAAGAAUACCAUCGAUCGAGACGACGGCUGAGGAAGGAGAGUGCGUUUGAGAGAAAAAAUACUCUCGCCGUCGAAACGUUAUUUAACUUCUUUCAGAAAUACCGACGCGUAUUUGUGUUUAGAUACGUGUGAUUUUUCAAUUCGAAUAUGGUAGACGUAUAACAAGCAUUACAGCGAAAUUCCACAAGAGAAAGGGAAAUCUCGAGUCACACGAUUGUUGCAAAUGUCGUACAAGGAGAGAAUUUUAUGGUGAAAAUUACUGAAUUAACAAUAAAUAAUGGAAGUUCAUAAACAAGGAAUAGACUGACAUUCUGCAGUGACUGAGACUAUCCUUGUGUUUUAUAUGUUAUUUAUAUUUUAGGAACUGCGAAAUGUGCUAUAAAAUUUUGCUAUGUUCCCAGUGAAAUUUACUGUAUGUUCCUCAGCGAGAUAUACUUUACUGACAGUAUAUUCCCGCAGGGAAUAUACUACGCGGGAAAAAAAGACUUGGUUGAAAAUUUCUAAUGAAAUAUGAGCGAUUCAGAAAUAAUUAGAUCGAAAUAACUAUAAUCCUGUUUAAGUUAAACAGAAAUCUUGACAAUUUAAAUUGAAUUCUGGUAAUUUCUGACAAUUUCGUUCAUAUUUUACUAGAAAUUGGUUAAUCCAACCCAAAAAAAUUUUUCCAUGCACUAGAAAUAUAGUAAAAUUGAAAAGAAUUUACACGAAACGAAAGAACUAUAACAUUCUCUCCGUAUAUUUAUGUCACUUCGAGCCACUUUUUACUGAUUGUAAUGAAUUCAUCUCUGAGGAGGUUGACGUUAUCAUGAAAUUUUACCGUGCAUGUGAAAGACUCCAAUUCCGGCAAUAGUCAAUGAAUUCAUACGGUCACUUGGGAACUUGGGAGAUGGAGAAAUUUUGUCACGCGAUAAAGCGUGAAUUUCUAGAACACAUUUCUGAGAGAGCACGCUUCUCUCGGAACGCCGCUCUCCUCUUACGACGCGUCUCGAAUUACAAUGCGAUCCAUUCUCGCCGUUUUCCACGGGGGAAAAACGCGCUGACCCUUGCUCGAUAUACAUAUAUCAAUAUGUUCUCCGCACACUCGAUUUCGUGUCUCGACUCGGUCGACCGGCGAUGGGGUAGUCACUGCCGAUCAGGCGUGGCCUGGAAAAAUGUUCCUCCGUACGCUUCUCGCGCGUGCACGACCUCGUGCUCGUGCGAGUACAUGGGGUGUUGGUCCGUUGGUUCCUAGACUACCGUCCUGCGCCGGCCGCGAUAGAUCGCCGUGAUGGGACGCGCAUUAUCGCACGGCGACGGCGUCUUAUCGACCCUCCGCGACAGACCUUGACAAUGCUCGGAAACGGCUCGGAAGGACGGGGAAAUUCGCAUGGAAUGCAUGCUAAAACGUUACCUCGGCUCUUCAUUUAUUUCUCCCUCUCCCUCCCUCUCUCUCUUUUCCUUUCACUGAAUUUCUUACGAAUCGUCGCAAGAUCGGCGAAUUUUCGAAAUUGUUAUGCUGCUUUCCCUGCGAUUACACUAAGAGAAGAAAUAUCUAAAAAUUAGCAAAUAUUUGGUGGUGGCAUUGACAUCAUGUUUACUUAAAGCUAAAUUCUUUUAUUUAAAUAGAAUAAAUAAUUGCUUUCAUAAGAGGCUAAGGUUUUUAUAAAAAUGUAUAUUUUCUUGUUCAAUAAAUAUUUUGUAUUAGCAUAAAUAAAUAUGUCAAUAUCCACUAGACAAAUAUUUACUAUUUUUUUUAAAUAUUUCUUCUCUCAGUGUACGGGACUUCACUUGGCGGCAAAUGAUCGAGAAACUUAAUUCUUUAUUAUUUGCCUCCUUUUUUCCCCUCUUUUGUCGCUUUCUUUCCUUCCUUCCUCUCUCCUCUUCCUUUUUCUCUUUUUCAUCUUCUACAACGCGACUAUUAGCAUGAACUGCCUUGAGGAACGCGUGGCUCGAAAUUCAAGAGGCGCCGAAUCAUCGUCGUCGUUAAGUUUUCUUUUCACAGUCUGUAAGCUAAUAAAUGAAAGUUAAUUUUUU